GCAGAGCGGGUUCGUUCCGCGCGGUCCCCGCCGGGCGCGCAGCGGGCACUAUUUGCCGUGGCGGAGGGAUCAUGUCGGGCGGGGGCCGGACAGACCGGGCGGAGGGAUCGCGGCGCUGUCAGUGAGCGCGGCGGCGCCGGGACGCGGCGGGCGCAGCGAGCGCAGCGGAGCGGCCACACGGGCUCGGCUCUCCGCGCCCUCCCCGCGCCCGCAGCCCCGGCGAGCGGCUCCAUGGGUGCGAUGCUGCUGCCGCUCGCCGUGCUGCCCUGCGCCUUCGUCCUGCUGCGAGCCGCAGCCUCUCUCCAAGUGGACAUCGUUCCAAGCCAGGGGGAGAUCAGCGUUGGAGAAUCCAAGUUCUUCUUAUGCCAAGUGGCAGGGGAGGCCAAGUUCAAGGACAUCUCUUGGUUCUCCCCGAACGGGGAGAGGCUGACCCCGAACCAGCAGCGCAUCUCGGUGGUGCGCAACGAUGACUUCUCCUCCACCCUCACCAUCUACAACGCCAACAUCGACGACGCCGGCAUCUACAAGUGUGUGGUCAGCAGCCUGGAGGAGGGAGACUCCGAGGCCACCGUCAACGUCAAGAUUUUCCAAAAGCUGAUGUUCAAGAACGCUCCCACCCCUCAGGAGUUCAAGGAAGGGGACGAUGCUGUGAUCGUGUGUGACGUGGUCAGCUCACUGCCCCCCACCAUCAUCUGGAAGCACAAAGGCAGGGAUGUCAUCCUAAAAAAGGAUGUGCGCUUCAUCGUCCUGUCCAACAACUACCUGCAGAUCCGGGGCAUCAAGAAGACGGAUGAGGGGACCUACAGGUGUGAGGGGAGGAUCCUGGCCCGUGGGGAGAUCAACUUCAAAGACAUCCAGGUCAUCGUCAACGUCCCUCCGUCGGUGCGUGCCAGGCAGAGCACCAUGAAUGCCACUGCCAACCUCAGCCAGUCUGUCACCCUGGCCUGCGAUGCCGAUGGCUUCCCCGAGCCCACCGUCACGUGGACAAAGGAUGGAGAGCCCGUGGAGGAGGUGGAGGAUGAGGACAAAUACAGCUUCAACUACGAUGGCUCUGAGCUGGUGAUCCAGAGGGUGGACAAGAGCGACGAGGCCGAGUACAUCUGCAUCGCUGAGAACAAGGCUGGCGAGGCUGAUGCCACCAUCCACCUCAAAGUCUUUGCCAAACCCAAAAUCACCUAUGUGGAGAACAAGACAGCCAUGGAGCUGGAGGACCAGAUCACGCUGACCUGCGAGGCGUCAGGGGACCCCAUCCCCUCCAUCACCUGGAGAACCUCCACACGGAACAUCAGCAACGAGGAGAAGACGCUGGACGGGCGGAUCGUGGUGCGCAGCCACGCGCGCGUGUCCUCGCUGACGCUCAAGGACAUCCAGUACACGGACGCGGGCGAGUACGUGUGCACGGCCAGCAACACCAUCGGCCAGGACUCGCAGGCCAUGUACCUGGAAGUGCAGUAUGCCCCCAAGCUGCAGGGCCCUGUGGCCGUGUACACCUGGGAAGGAAACCAAGUGAACAUCACCUGUGAGGUGUUUGCAUACCCCAGUGCUGUCAUCUCCUGGUUCCGGGACGGGCAGCUCCUCCCCAGCUCCAACUACAGCAACAUCAAGAUCUACAACACCCCCUCAGCAAGUUACCUGGAGGUGACCCCAGACUCAGAGAAUGACUUUGGGAACUACAACUGCACGGCUGUGAACCGCAUCGGGCAGGAGUCCUCUGAGUUCAUCCUGGUGCAGGCAGACACGCCGUCCUCGCCCUCCAUCGGCAGGGUGGAGCCCUAUUCCAGCAGUGCCCAGGUGGAGUUCGAGGAGCCCGAGGCCACGGGCGGGGUGCCCAUCCUCAAGUACAAGGCGGAGUGGAGGGCCCUGGGCGAGGGGGACUGGCACGCCAGGCUCUACGAUGCCAAGGAAGCCAACGUGGAGGGUUUGGUGACCAUCACAGGGCUGAAGCCUGAGACCACCUAUGCAGUGAGGCUGUCAGCAGUCAAUGGCAAGGGCGUGGGGGAGCUCAGCCUGCCUGCCGAGUUCAAAACACAACCAGUUCGCAUCCCUCACCCACCCAGUGCUGCUGCCCCCAGCUCUGGUUUGGCUCACAGGGAACCCAGUGCCCCCAAGCUGGAAGGUCACAUAGGAGAAGAUGGCAACUCCAUCAAAGUGAACGUCAUCAAGCAGGACGAUGGUGGCUCCCCGAUCAGGCACUACCUGAUCAAGUACAAAGCUAAACACUCCUCGGAGUGGAAGCCCGAGAUCCGGCUGCCGUCGGGCAGCGACCACGUGAUGCUGAAAUCGCUGGACUGGAACGCUGACUACGAGGUGUACGUGAUAGCAGAGAACCAGCAGGGCAAAUCCAAACCUGCCCACUACGCCUUCCGCACCUCGGCACAGCCCACCGUCAUCCCAGCCAGCACUAGCCCUACCUCGGGCCUGGGCACUGCUGCCAUCAUUGGCAUCCUCGUGGUGGUCUUCGUGGCGCUGCUGGUGGCCGUGGAUGUCACCUGCUACUUCCUGAACAAGUGCGGGCUGCUCAUGUGCAUCGCCGUCAACCUGUGCGGCAAAUCCGGCCCCGGGGCCAAGGGCAAGGACAUGGAGGAGGGGAAGGCGGCCUUCUCGAAGGAUGAGUCCAAGGAGCCCAUCGUGGAGGUGCGGACGGAGGAGGAGAGGACCCCCAACCACGACGGGGGGAAGCACACGGAGCCCAACGAGACCACCCCGCUGACAGAGCCAGAGCACCCCGCCGACACCGCGGCCACCGUGGAGGACAUGCUGCCUUCUGUCACCACGGGCACCACUAACUCUGACACUAUCACUGAAACCUUUGCCACGGCCCAGAACAGCCCCACCAGCGAGACCACCACGCUCACCUCCAGCAUUGCCCCUCCGGCCGCGGCCGCUCCCGACGCCAGCGCCGCCGCCCCCGGCCAGGCCACCCCGGCCAAAGGCGCGGCCCCGGCGUCGUCACCGCCGCCCUCCUCCGCCCCCAAAGUGGCCCCUCUUGUUGAUCUCAGCGAUCCCCCCAGCUCUGCUCCGGCCACCAAUAAUUUAUCUUCAAGUGUCCUGCCGGGGCAGGCCGUGCUCAGCCCCAGCGCCGCCGCGGCCGACGCCGCCAAAGCCGGGAGCAAGGCGGCCGCCCCCAGCCCUGCCAACCUCAGCAGCCCUCCCGCUCCCUCGGAGCCCAAGCAGGAGGUGGCCAAGAGCCCCGAGAAGGAGCCUGUGCAGCCCAGCGCCGCCAAGAGCCCGGCAGAGACCCCCAAGAACCCGAGCAGCGUGAAGAGCGAGGCUGCCUCGGGCGGCGCCGCCAACCCCUCGCAGAACGAGGACUUUAAAAUGGACGAAGGGAGCUUCAAGCCACCAGACAUUGACCUUGCAAAGGAUGUUUUUGCAGCUCUGGGCACUGCUUCUCCUCCUGCUGCCAGCGGGGCUGGUGGGCAAGCCCCCGAGCCUGCUGCUGCCGCUGCAGACGGCUCUGCCCCCGCAAAGACCGAGAAAAUGCCAGCAGAGGACAAAGGCGCCGUGCAGGACAGGAAGAGCCCCCCAGCAGAAGUGAAGACGGUGCCCAACGAAGCCACACAAACAAACGAGAACGAGAGCAAAGCAUGAUCAGCACCGGCAGAGGGGACGGCAGAAACCUUCACCGAGCAUUGAAAUCACAACCCACACACCCAUCUCAUUCCUCUAGUGUCUGUUGCCUUUUUUUAAAAAAGAAAAACAAACAAACAAACCAGAAAAAUGCAUAAACGGGGGGAGGGAGGGAGGGAAUGUCUCUUUUUUCCUUUUUAUUUUUACUUUUGUUUUGUUUUGUUUUUUCUCUUCUUCUCUUUUUGGUUUUGAUUUCUGUUUUUUUGGUUUCGUUGAGAUUUCUAGACAGGUUCUAUUCGUUGUGCACUUGCUUUUAAAAAGUAAAACAUGUUAAAAACAGGGUUAAACCCAUCACCAAAUCAGGGCCCAGCUGGCCCUGUGUAUAUUCAAACAAACAGACAUUGCAAUGCUGGUUGCAGUGUGGUUGGGAAACUCAAAAUCAAGGUAGUCCUAGACACAAAAAAAAAACCACAAAAAAAGACAAAAAAAAAAAAAAAAAAGAAAAGAGACCCUGUUGUUUCCUUUGUUAGUAUAGCAGAGAUAACCACUGUGCUGCUGGGCACGGCUGGUGCUUAAAGAACAAAGUCCACAAUUUAUUUUUAUACUUUUCAGUCGAGUUUGAAAUAUGUAAAGCCUCAUAAAUAAGUUAUAAUUUCUGUUCACCUUGUAUCUGGUCAGUAUGCAAAGUGUCUCGAGCUCUUUGUGACUGAAUCCUGCUCGCCACGUUAGACCUUUAUUUGGGGUUGAUUAUUAUCUGUUUUUUAGGAAGAAUGCCAAAAUUGCAGCUUUGGGGGAUGUAUUUCAAUUUGCAGUAUUCAGACUCUUACAUUUCUUUUUCAAUUUUACUUUCAAUUUUUUUUUGUUUGUUUGUUUUGCCAACUUUGGUUCUUUCCAGUGUUUACAAUUGACAGAUAUUUUUUAAACUUUUGUUGUGUUGAAAUGGAUGUGUAAAAUAGCUGCCUUUUUUUUUUUUCUUUUUUCUUUUUUUUUGUUUUUUUUUGGUUUUUCAGUCAAUCCAGUCCUGUAGACACUAGGGUAGCAGCAUGCUUGCUUUGCAAAGGGAGACAUUUUCAACCAUGGAUGUUUACAGUAGUCGUUUCCCCUUUUCUCUUUUCUUAAUUAUUGUUAUUAUUAUUAUUAUUGUUAUUAUUAUUAUUAUUAUUUCUUACUGGAGUAAGAAGAAAAGCGAUGCUGGGGUUUGGUUUGGGGUUUUUUUGGGGGGUGGGGGUGCUCAAACCACUUGCCACCACUCAAGGGCUUUAUCCAGCAAUCCCCAAAUCUGCUUGGGGUGAGGGAACUGCUGGAGAAAAUCCUUCUGUGCUUAAAUUUAGUUUGAAGUCCCUUGCUGGACCUGGGCCUGACUGCAUAAGAGAAAUAUCAUCUCUGCUUUUUUAGGACAUUCUCCCCUUUCCUUCACGGAACCCUCCCGGGGCUCUGAGGAGCACAAGGGAGGUUGGACAGUUUGGGCUGGUCUGGGCUCAGGUGUGUGACCAAAUCGAUCCCUCCUGAUUAUGGCAGAAAAUUCCAGUUGCAGAAAAUACCAAUUUCAGCAAAUUGCAAUUUUAGCAAAUUUCCAGUUUUGGAAAAUAUCAGUUUCAGUAAAUACCGACUUCAAUUAACAUCAAUUUCAGGAAAAUCUCAAUUUCAGAAAAUACCAAUUUCAAUAAAUUCCAAUUUCAGUCAAUUCCAAUAUCAGUAAACUCCAGCUUCAGUAAAUACCAUGUCCUCUGAUCCUAAAAGAAAAACAAACCUAAAAGCGAAGAUUUUUUUUUGUUCCCCCAAAAGUUGCUGGGCAGAUUCCAGACCCUUCCUGCAGCUCCAGCUCCAGCAGGAGAUCCUUGGAUCCCUCCCGUGGGAGCUCCUGCAGGACACAACCCCUGGAAUCAGGAGCAGGGGCUGGAAUUCCGUGCCAGGGACAUCCCUGGGCAUCCUGCAGGGCUGGGCAAGGGCUGAGACCUGGCUUAAAUCAUGGAUUAAUGGGAUUUAACAUCAGGAAUCACGGAGCAACACUGAGAUUUGGGGUUGGAGAGCUGAUUAAUGGGAUUUGUUAUCAGGAAUCAUGGAACAACACUGAGAUUUGGGGGUGAAAAGGAGCUGUGAGCGGAAGGAAGGCAGAGGAGUGUAGGGAGAGACCAGCCCAUUGUAUAGAGAUGUUCCUCCUCUUGGGGUUUUGGGUUUUAUUUUUUUUUUUUUUUUUUUUAAUUUUAAUUUUAUUUGUCCUUUUCUUUUUUUUUUUUUUUUUUUUUUUAAUUCUACUUUAGAUCUGCAAGCUUGUGCACUGUGGGUGCGUGACUAUUUUAGUGUGAACCGUGUUUUUUGUCAUAGUAUUGAAAUAAUAAAAGCUUCAACAUAGUUUGGAUGUGGAAGGUGUAGCGCUAGUUCAGAUUUGAGAAACAGAAAGAAAAAAAAAUAUUCAGGAAUUAAAAUAAUUAAAAAAAAAAAAAAAAAGAAAAAAACAAAAUAAGAAAAACCAGAAAGAGAACAACUCUUACAAAGAGCAGAAGCCUUUAAAUGAGAAAAGCAACCCGAGCUGACUCUGGCGUUCCCAGAAGGAUGAGGGGGGUGUGGAGGCUGUAUCCAUGUAUUCCUUGGGAAUAUGCAGUCUGUUCCAGUGGCAUCACACCAUUUCCAGCUGUGAGAAACAAUGGUCUUGUCGUUUGCUGAGUGUGGGGUUUCUUGCGUUUUGUUUUGCUCAGCUCCUGGGGUGCGCGGGAGGGCGAUGGAGGCGCAGGCUGAGGCUCCCCUGCCCGUCCUGGGUGGCUUUGGGGCAGGACAGGGCCCGAUUCCCAGCCCUGGUGCCAAACCCAAACCCGUCCCAGCGGUGUCCCUGAGCCCUGGGGACGCUGGGCUCACCGUGCCAAGGAUUCCUUUCUUUUCCCCAAAGAAACGAGUCCAUAAACAGCAGCGGUGCCGCCGUCCCAUGGGUGACCCCACUUUGUCCCUUUUGGUCCUGCUGCUUUUGUCACCUGGCUGUGCUGUGAGCCCCAGAGCUGAGCAGCUGGUAAGAAACACAUCACCAUUCCCAAAACCCCGCCAGGAGGGAACUGGGGCUCUGCCCCACCCGGACAGGUGUGUUUGUCCCAAAAGGUGACAAGCUCAGAGCCCAGUGGCACUUUGGGGCUGGGCUUUAAGGUCCCUUCUGUCCCAGAGCUCUGGUUUGGGGUGGACUCUGAGGGACAAGGACACCCUGAGCACUGCCUGAGCUCCUUUGUGACCCCUCCCCACAGCUGUGCUGGCUCUGCACCGCCCUGAACAGCCAAAAAUCGAGAUUCCACUUCCAAGUGCCCCGUUCACAGCCAGCUGCAGCCUCACGGCUUUGAUGUGUCCCCUCGGGGAGGGACCAACCUGGGGCUGGUGGCACUGCCAGGGCUGCUGUGGGGCUGGUGGCACUGCUGUGGCUCUGUGUGUCCAUCCCUGGGGUUGGUGGCACUGCUGUGGCUCUGUGUGUCCAUCCCCAGGGUUGGUGGCACUGCUGUGGCUCUGUGUGUCCAUCCCUGGGGUCGGUGGCACUGCUGUGGCUCUGUGUGUCCAUCCCUGGGGUCGGUGGCACUGCUGUGGCUCUGUGUGUCCCUCCCUGGGGUCGGUGGCACUGCAGUGUCUGCUCCAGGGUCGGUGGCACUGCCCCGUGCCCGUCCCCAGUGUCACAGGAGCGGUGCCAUCUCGUGCUGCGCCAUUCGUACCGGUGACAAUAGUGCAUCCGUCAGCUUCCAGCGUGGCGUUUUCUCUCCACACUUUUCUAUGGAGCCUUCAAACCCCACAUUUUUCACCACCAGGCUGUUUUGAUAGUUGUUCUCAGCCCCUCCAUGGCCAUCCUUCCCCAGCAUUCCCUACUUUUGGGGGCCUUCUAUCUUGUUAAAAAAAGAAAAAAACAAAAAAUCUUUUUACCGAGUGAAACAUCGACUCCACCUUUAUCCCCAUUCUCACUGGUGUAAAUACUGAUACUAACUGAGGAUUUUGACUUUGCAUUCUGUCAGAAUACUGUGUUCAAAUAAAAACUA